AUGUCUGCCUUCCUACUUUCCUUCCUCCAUUUCUUCCUUCCCAACCCCUCUUUCUUCCAUCACUCAUCUGUUAUCACUUGUUUCCUUCCUUCCUUCCUUCCUUCCUUCCUUCCUUCCUUCCUUCCCCUCUCAUUCUUUCAUUACUCAUCUGUUAUCACUUGUCCUUCUCUCUUUUCCUUCCUUCCUCCUUCCUUCCUUCCUUCCUUCCUUCCUUCUUUCCUUCCUUCAUUCUUCAUUCCUUCUUUCCUUUUCUUUCUUCCUUCCUUCUUCCUUCCUUCCUUUCUUCCUUCCUUUCUUCCUUUUCUCCCAUUCCUUCCUUCCUCAUCCUUCCUUCCCUCCUUCCUUCCCUUCCUUCCUUCCUUCCUUCCUUCCUUCAUUCUUUCAUUUCUUUCUUUCUUCCUUCCUUCUCUUCCUUCCUUCCUUCCUUCCUUCCUUCCUUCCUUCUUCCUUCCUUCUUUCCUUUCAUUUCAUUCUUUCAUCUUCUGUUCCUUCCUUUCCUUCCUUCCUUCUUCUUCCUUCCUUCCUUCCUUCCUUCCUUCCUUCCUUCCUUCUCCUCUUUCAUUCUUUCAUUACUCAUCUAACAACACUCGUCUUCUCUUCUUCCUUCCUUCCUUCCUUCCUUCUUCCUUUCUUUUUUCUUCCCUUCCUUCCUUCCUUCAUUUCUUCCUUUCUUCCUUCCCCCUCUUUCUUCCUUCAUUACUCAUCUGUUAUCCUUGUCCUUCUUUCCUUCCUUCUUCCUUCCUUCCUUCCUUCCUUCCUUCCUUCCUCUCCUUCCUUCUCUUUCAUUUUUCAUUUCUCAUCUGUUAUCACUUCCUCCUUCCUCUCACUUCCUUCCUUCCUUCCUUCCUUCCUUCCUUCCCUUCAUUCUUUCAUUACUCAUCUAACAACCUCUAUUUCUACUUUCCUUCCAAAAUUCUUCCUUUCCUUCUUUUCCUUCCUCCUUUCCUUCCUUCCCAACCCCUCUUUCUUUCAUUACUCAUCUGUUAUCCUUGUCCUUCUUUCCUUCCCUUCCUUCCUUCCUUCCCUUCCUUCCUUCUCUCUCAUUCUUUCAUUACUCAUCUGUUAACAAUCGUCCUUCUCUUCCUUCCUUCCUUCCUUCCAAAAUUCUUCUCUCAUUCCUUCCUCCUCCAUUUCUUCCUUCCCCCCUCAUUCUUCCAUCACUCAUCUGUUAUCCUUGUCCUUCCUUCCUUCCUUCCUUCCUUCCUUCCUUCCUUCCUUCCUUCCUUCCUUCCUUCCCUCUCAUUCAUUCAUUACUCAUCUGUUAUCACUUGUCCUUCUCUCACUUCCUUCCUUCCUUCCUUCCUUCCUUCCUUCCUUCCUUCCUUCCUUCCUUCUCAUUCUUUCAUUACUCAUCUAACAACACUUGUCCUUCUCUUCUGUUCUUUCCUUCCUUCCAAAAUGUCUGCCUUCCUUUCUUUCCUUCCUUCCAUUUCUUCCUUCCCCAACCCCUCUUUCUUCCAUCACUCAUCUGUUAUCCUUGUCCUUCCUUCCUUCCUUCCUUCCUUCUUCCUUCCUUCCUUCCUUCCUUCCUUCUCCCCUCUCAUUCUUUCAUUUCAUUCUCAUCUAACAACACUCGUCCUUCUUCUUUCUGUUUUCCUUCCUUCCUUCCUGCCUUCCUUCCUUCCUUCCUUCAUUUCUUCCUUCCCCUUCCUUCAUUCUUCCAUCACUCAUCUGUUAUCACUUGUCCUUCCUUCCUUCCUUCCUUCCUUCCUUCCUUCCUUCCUUCCUUCCUUCCUCCAUUCUUUCAUUCCUCAUCUGUUACACUUCCUUCCUCUCUUCUUCCUUCCUUCCUUCCUUCCUUCCUUCCUUCCUUCUUUCCUUCCUCCAUUUCUUCCUUCCUUCCUUCCCCUCUUUCUCUUUCAUUACUCAUCUGUUAUCACUUGUCCUUCUUCCUUCCUUCCUUCCUUCCUUCCUUCCUUCCUUCCUUCCUUCUCCUCUCAUUCUUUCAUUACUCAUCUAACAACACUCGUCCUUCUCUUCUGUAUUUCCUUCCUUCCAAAAUGUCUGCCUUCCUACUUUCCUUCCUCCAUUUCUUCCUUCCCAACCCCUCUUUCUUCCAUCACUCAUCUGUUAUCACUUGUCCUUCCUUCCUUCCUUCCUUCCUUCCUUCCUUCCUUCCUUCCUUCCUUCCUUCCUUCCCCUCUCAUUCUUUCAUUACUCAUCUGUUAUCACUUGUCCUUCUCUCACUUCCUUCCUUCCUUCCUUCCUUCCUUCCUUCCUUCCUUCCUUCUCAUUCUUUCCUUCCUUCUUCCUUCCUUCGUUUCCUUCUCUUCUUUCCUUCCUUCCAAAAUGUCUGCCUUCCUUCCUUCCUUCCUUCCUUUCUUCCUUCCUUCCCAACCCUCUUUCUUCCAUCACUCAUCUGUUAUCACUUGUCCUUCCUUCCUUCCUUCCUUCCUUCCCCUUCUUCCCCUCUUUCAUUCCAUCCUCUCAUCUGUUAUCACUCUUCUGUCCUUCUUUUCCUUCCUUCCUUCCUUCCUUCCUUCCUUCCUUCCUUCCUUCCUUCCUUCCUUCCCCUCUCAUUCUUUCAUUACUCAUCUGUUAUCACUUGUCCUUCUCUCACUUCCUUCCUUCCUUCCUUCCUUCCUUCCUUCCUUCCUUCUCCUCUCAUUCUUUCAUUACUCAUCUAACAACACUCGUCCUUCUCUUCUGUAUUUCCUUCCUUCCAAAAUGUCUGCCUUCCUACUUUCCUUCCUCCAUUUCUUCCUUCCCAACCCCUCUUUCUUCCAUCACUCAUCUGUUAUCACUUGUCCUUCCUUCCUUCCUUCCUUCCUUCCUUCCUUCCUUCCUUCCCCUCUCAUUCUUUCAUUACUCAUCUGUUAUCACUUGUCCUUCUCUCACUUCCUUCCUUCCUUCCUUCCUUCCUUCCUUUCCUUCCUUCCUUCCUUCCUUCCUUCCUUCCUUCCUUCUCCUCUCAUUCUUUCAUUACUCAUCUAA